AUGGAUUCCACUAAAUAUCAGCAAAUUCUGGAUGUCAGUGUGAAACAGUCAGCCAAGAAGCUGAAGCUGAAAAGAACUUGGCCCCUACAACAAGACAAUGAUCCUAAACAUACCGCAAAAGCUGCCAUCAGGGGCUGUAAGAAGAGAUACUUUAUGAUGGUAUUAAUUCUGAAUCCAGAGACGAGUCUUCUGUUGCUUCUUUUCUUACCCGGGGUACGCUUUGAGGUAUUUCAGAUCAAAAACUUGGAUUGCUUAAAUGACUAUGUAGAAGAGAUGUAUUGCUUCUGGGAGAUUACUCAUUUUAGUGGGAAAUGUGCUGAGCACUUUCUGCUGACAUUCAACGACAGUGAAUCAAAAGUGGGUGACUGCAUCCCAGAAAACAUGCAAGGAGCAGAUGGUUCCAUUUAUCCCAAUAAAUGUAUUUGCUACAUUCCUGUUGAUCCUAUAAUCGUAGGUACCUCCCAUACCAUUGCGCUAAAGGCUAAUGGAGAAGUGCUUCAAAUCAAAGACGUCAAUGCAUAUCUAAAAGUUAAGCCAAGAUGCCCGACUAAUUUAACACUGGAGCAUGAUAAUCACGAGGCCGUAACGGUGCGCUGGGACACAGGCUAUUCUAAAAAUAAUCCUCUAUACACACGGCUGAUUUUUCAAAUUCAACUUACUAACAAGCAAGACCCCAAUGAGCUGGAAAAUUUCACUAUCCACAAAGAACAACUUCCCUAUCAAAUACACAAGAGAACACAAAGACGUGGAUAUGAUUACAGGAUUAAAGUCAGGUCAAAACCAGAUGGAUAUAUACAUGGGACAUGGAGUGACUGGACCCCAGUUGCUGAAUGGUAUAAUGAUUACAGCCUCACAACCAAUGAGAUUCUGAAGGUUUCCAUACCAAUUUCCGGAGUCCUGAUCGUCUUGUUCAGUUUACUGUGCUAUUUCCUUGUCAUUAUUUGUAGGAAAAAGUGGUGGGAUAUUCCGGAUCCUGCAAAAAGCCAACUGGCCCAGAGCAAACUAUUCAUGUCAGAUAUUGGUUUUUAUUCACAGGAACCAGUGUCAGAACCAGCCUUGAAUAAUAACUUCUUGCCAUUAAUUUCCAAUAAACGGAUUUCAAGUAUAACUCCAGUUAAAUGGUUCAACAAGGUGAUCUUUGGUGAACGUGAAGACUGUAGCAGAAACUAUUCUUUCAAUGGAUAUCGUAACCUUCUUAUCCCUGAGUUUACAGAAGUUGAAUACAUUGUGGAUAUAUGCCCACUUAAAGACGAUCCAAGCAAGGAUAAAAGAGAAGAUGAUGCAGCAGAAGACUUGGGAGAGCUACAUUUAGAAUUUGACAUCUCCAUCAAUAAAAUGUUUCUCGAUAUAUUAAAUGACAAUCCAAUUAAACAUGAAGCACCAGUAACAGAGACAAAUGAGAUAAUGAGGCCUGACAAAGAAAAUGUAUUUCAGAAUCCAAAUGAUUUUGCCCAUUUUAAGGAUAUCUGCAUGAAACAGGUAUCAUAUGUGUCACAGAUUGCAACCAGCUCUACGUGUUCUUAUUACAACUGCAAGCAAGAUCAUUCUUUAGUAACAGAACAGUCAAAACUUUUUUGCAAUAACCAGGACCAAAGUGUUCCACUGGAGUCACUACCUUACCGGCCAGCAGCAGCAGCAGGAUUUCUCAAGUACCAUUUAGAUGGUGGCUCUGAUGACGAUACAUGCGAGAAACUGGACUACAGCCUCCUUACCAAGACAGUUGCAACGUUACAAAACAAAAAUAAAAUGUUAAAUAGUUUAACUGAUGAAGAAAACUGUCUGUCCCCAAAGAUAUGUCCUAAUAGUAGAUUUAAUCAAAAAAGACAUCUCUCUCUGCCUUUCUCCCAUAAUAGACCUGAUGGCCUUUGUUUCCAGGAAAAUAUAAUAAACAGUUCAGUCACAGUUUGCAACCAAACCAAUACCAUCAUUAAGGAACCGCAAAAUGAUGCAGCAGAAACGUAUGCCGCUACCAUGGUUGAAAUCUCUGGAUACCAGAGCUUUGUAGAUGCAGUUAAUCAAGAAGAAACAUUGGCUACUUAUACUGCUGGAAAUACCAAAGUCCCUAUAAUACAGUCAGGAUAUACAUCUUUUCAUAGUGCCCUGAAGGAGGUACAAAAUGAGCCAGAUUUAGAAAAUGGCAAUAUAUUCUAUAAUUUACACGGACUUGUGUUUGGUGAUACAGAGCUCACCAGAAUGUAUGCCCUCCAAGCCCCAGUGAAUGAAGGUCAUGUAACAAAUAUAAACUCGGGGGAAGGUUUUGGGUGUGAUUGUUCUGACUCUUUAAAUUUCCAUUUCAAUGAGAGUUGCUUUGAUAAUUACUGUAAACAUGCUACAGGAUCACAGAAGCGUCUAUCUAUGUCUUCGGUUUCUUCUGAUGAUUCCUACAGCGAUGGAGCGGCAGCAUAUGAACAUGAAAGUAAUGGUGGGGCAAUAUAUGCCUUGACAUUUGACAUAUCCGACCAUUCAGGGAAUUUCAAGAAAAGGUAUGGACAUAACAUCUCAGCUGGCAAGAAGGAUGAGAUUAGUGUGAAUUCAUUUCCAUCGCAGCUUGAUCAUUUUACACUAAAUGCAGACAAAGACAUCUUUCAGAAUCACCUUUCUUUAAAUAGUUUUGAUAAUUCAUCCAAAAAGCACGCCAUGGAGUUUGAAAAUAUCUCAUAUUUACCAAGCUUCUAUUCUUUAAGGACCAACCAUACCUGUUCCAAUGACUAAACAUGUAAGUCACAUGAAAUGGAUGGCAAAGGGGAGACUUUUUUUGGAGUUAUUUUCAUAGCAUUUCGUCCUUCAAAUUUGUUUCCUUUGCAUUUAAUGAAAGACACUGGAUCACUGGAUCAAUGUAAUAUUCUUCAUCAGACUGCUUUUAAAUGGCAAAUUUUAAUUGCGCAUUGCAAAAUUUAGGGCAUGUUUGAAGGUGGCAUAAUCUUUUGGAGAAUUAAAAGUUUUAAAACAUA